UACAGCAGCAAUUCAUGUUUUGAAGUGCUCUAAAUGGUUCAAAACGUGAAGCGCUGCUAUACCCCCUCGUGGGGAAGGAAGAAGGUGGGAUCUGCCGGACCGUGUUCCUGCCACCAGGUGCCCGCUCCCCGCUACGCCGGCUCAGAAGCAGGCUUCCCCCUGGAGUCAGAAGGAAGCCCGGUGCCAGCCAGCCUUCCCGAAGGACUAAGCCCGCACCAUCCGGCUUCCUCCAGCGGGCGCCUGCAGGACCCAGGAACACUACAUCAACACUCUUGGCGGGGAUGUGGACACAGAAGACUUCUGUUUCAAGAAAAUACAAUCAUCUCUCAAAGGCUGUAAUUUAUAUGCAUUUUAAAACUCUCUAGGCAUUGAAAACCACCCAAGUGUCCCAAAUAGAAGGGUAAAAUAUAAUCAAUCACUCAGUGUAAUAUUAUACAUCCUUUAAAAAUGUUAUUGGAAAAUGUUUUAUGAUCUGUAAGUCCAAGGAAUCCUCUCCCACCAUUUCUUUCUCCCCACUGUUCCCCAUACCCACACUUCUUUGUUCCAAUUGGCAUGUAAACUUGGUUUUCCCGCCAAAUGAGUCAGUCAUGAUGGGAACGUCAAUUGAUUUGAACAGAUGUGUGUCAAUGUUACUUGGAAAACUAGAUGCCAAUAACCAGGGCCACAGAAAAAGGCAGUGGUUGCAACUCUGUAAAAAUUUAUGCAUGCACACAGAAAAGGACUAAAGUGGAACCCCACACAGGAAAACAGUGGGCUGUACCCCCGUGCUGGGACAUUGAAUGACUGUAUGCUACUUUUGAUUUUCGUUAAUAUGGGCAACCGUCCAAUUAAAAAAAACUCCUAAGGAC